UGGAGCCGGGAGUUCAGUGCCGCUGCUGCUCUCCCGAUGGCUACAGUCCGGGAGAAAGCGCUCGCGUUGAGUCUCUGUCCGACUUACAGCCCUCUGAGGGCUCCACCGGGUCCAAGCUUUGGUCCCAGGCCAUUUAGGGCCACAUACAUCUGGAAUAACAUCAUCCAUGCACUGCGCACUCAGGUUGAAGUGAAGCGGAGGAGGCAUCGCUUAAAAUACCAUCAUGACUGCUUCAUUGGCUCCGAUGCGGUGGAUGUUGUGUUUGCCCACCUGGUGCAGCAGAAGUAUUUUGGAGAUGUGGAUAUCCCUCGUGCCAAAGUAGUGCGUGUGUGUCAAGCCCUUAUGGAUUGCAAAGUGUUUGAAUCUGUGCUCUCGUGUUCUGUGUUCGUAAGGGACAAGAAAAGGACAGUGUUUGAAGACAGCAGCUGCAGCUUAUACAGAUUUAUUAAUGCGACUGAUCUCAACGGAGGUCAAGCAGAAAAUGGAAAUGGUCGUUGUUCACCACAGAGACCACAGCAGGCUGGAUUUCAGGCUGUCUCCUUCCAGUCACAUAAUUUGGAAGAUCUGUGGAGUAACUUGAGUUUGACGCCCGCAGAUCCCGCACACCUAAACCUCUCUGCAGAUCUACCUCCCAAAGUUCUCGCUGAAGUCUGGCAGGAGCAGACGAUACGGCGGCUUCUGCAGCUCGUGGAUCUCCCUCUCUUGGAUUCUUUAUUAGAAAGCACUCCGCUGACUCACAAGGCCCAGCAAGCAAAGAGUGAUGAGCUCCUAAUCACAGCACACUAUCUAGACCGAGAGGUCCUCAAGGCUUUCAGCGACUCUCAGGCAGAUGAGUGGGUCUCGGCUGCUGUUGACUGCUUGGAAUUCCUGCCUGAUCACAUGGUGGUGGACGUGAGCAGGACCCUACCUGAACAGCACGAUAAGGAUGGGAAAUGGAAGCUAUGUUUGUUUGAGACUAUCAGCAAAUACUACAACCAAAUCAGGGAACCUCUGGUAACAAACCAGUUUUUUGACAUCCACACAGGGAUCGCUGAACUCCUGGUGAAUGGAAAGACUGAACAAGCUCUAGAGGCCACACAACUGUGCUUAAAGCUCCUCAGUUCUCAAAAUCGUGAAGAGUUCAGACGGCUUCUGUAUUUUAUGGCUGUAGCUGCGGAACUCACAGAGUUUAGAUUACAGGAUGAGAGUGACAAUCGCAUGGCUGUGAAAAGGAUGUUCUCUAGAGCCAUUGUUAACCAUAAGCAUUUAUCCAAAGGAAAAGCUGAUCUAAUGGUAUUGUUCCUCAUGGACCAUCACAAAGAUGUCUUCAAGAUUCCUGGGACACUGCACAAGAUGGUCAGCGACAAACUGGUGGCCAUUCAACAAGGAAAAGAUCCUGACAAAGACACAGGCUACACAUUCUGCCAGAGGCUGGACAAAAGUGAGGUUGAUUCAGCUGUACGGAACAACACAAAGAGUGAACUUUGGACAUUGCUGAAAACGAUACACGAGAACGUCAAACUUUCUCCUAAAGAAAAGAAAAGGCUACUGGGUCAGUUCUAUAAAAGCCACCCAGAUAUCUUCAUCCAGUAUUUUGGAGACAAAGUGACGACUGUUUACACGUAACACUGCAUUAUAAAUAAUUGUACAUAUUUAAUAUAAAUGUGUGUAGAUAUUGGUCCCCCCCC